AUGUCUGCUCCAUCUGUUCCUAGCAAGCCUCAACACUCGCGCCAUGAUACUGCGCUGAUCCACGGUCUUUCGACCUCGGAGGUCCAGGCCUUGUCCGAGGCUUGUAUUGAAGCCAAGGAGAGAGCUUAUUGCCCCUACUCCAAAUUUAGAGUCGGCGCUUCCCUGCUCUUGAAGUCAGGCCAAGUGAUCCGUGGCGCAAAUGUCGAGAACGCUGCCUAUCCUGUCGGUACUUGCGCCGAACGCACAGCACUCGGCACAGCAGUAGUUGAAGGCGCACGACGAGGAGACAUUCGUGCUCUGGCUGUUGCUACAGACAUCUCACCCCCAGCCAGUCCUUGUGGCAUGUGCAGACAGUACAUCCGAGAGUUCUGCGAGGAUGGCAAGUCGACAGUCCUUACAUUGGAGCAGUUGUUGCCCAUGAGCUUUGGACCGGAGAGUUUGCCUAUGCAUUGA